AUGGCGAAUCAGAUACAAACCCGCACCUUUGGCUCAGCCAAUCAGGCUGACCUUCCCGAUGAAUCCUCAACCACCAUUAUUGUCUUUCUGUCUUUAGCCUUCUAUAAUGUUCUUGUGCUUUUCUGUAUUAUAUUUGGUACAUUUAGGCGCUAUUCUGGGCUUUAUUUCUGGGCUUUUGUGACGUCGACAACUGGCAUUGCCCUGUCUUGCUCUGGCUUCAUGAUCAAGUUCUUCAGCCCAAAGUCGCUUGGUUACUUAUCGUGUACGCUUAGUUUGGCAGGGUGGGUAUGCAUGGUUACCGGCCAGUCGCUGGUGCUUUGGUCACGGCUGCAUCUGGUGAUGCGGAAUCCAAGGCUCCUUAGGAUCAUACUGUGGAUCAUCAUCGUCGACGCGAUUGUCUGUCAUGGCACCAUUAUCCCCAUGGUGUAUGGUUCAUUUUCUAACAACCCCGAAAUAUUUGCAAAGCCAUACUCCAUCGCCGAAAAAAUGGAAGUCAUCAUCUUUUUUCUACAAGAAGUCAUGAUAUCUAUCUUUUAUAUUGUUGAGACAGUCGGCAUUAUGAGAAUCGAAAAUUUUCUUGGAAACCAUCGAUCAAGUCGAAGAUUGAUGCAGCAUCUCGUCAUUGUUAACGUUCUCGUCAUACUUCUUGAUAGCACUAUCAUAGUACUCGAGUUCGCAAACCUAUACGACUACCAAAUAUCAUACAAACCAUUCGCCUACAGUGUGAAACUACAACUUGAGUUCUCUGUACUGAAUCGCCUGGUGGAUAUAGCAACUGGCAGAAAAGAAUCAGAUAGCAGUCAACGAAGUCGAAAUCUUUACUUUUCAAAGAAGAAUACUACUGGUACAGUAUUUGAGACAGGCAAUUCUACCGCCGUCGAAUCGCAACAAGCGGGUGAUAUGAUUCCCUUGGAUACAUACAACGACACAACAAAACCAUUGCCGCCGCUCCACACAAACACUGGAAUCACAAAGACUACUACUACCGCAACGCAUAUUGAAGAACGACCGGAUCCUAGUUCUGAGAGUACUCGUAGGAUAUGGCCUGGGGGAUCAGAGGACGGCAUGUCACGAACUGGCAGCAGGAACAUGAGCUUAACAUCAACAGUAGAUUUUUCCUCUCGCGAGUAA